GAGAGAAGUGACAGAGGAUCAGUCCGAGGAGAGAGGAGGCAGCAGCGGCCGCUUUCCACCGUAUCAGCUCCACAUGCGACUUUAGUUCACCAUAAGAAACAAGAGGCAGAACACACACAGCGACGCUUCCCUCUGGAAACAUGUUACCGACGAAGAGCCGGGCUUUUACCCAGGGAGCGUAGCGUUAUGGACCGGGUACAGCAGUGACUUAGCCCCGCUAGCUAGCCGAGUAAUGCUAGCUGGAUACCACCGAGUCUCAAGAGGAAACCAGCGAUGACUGACAGCGACUCGUGCGGAUACACGCGUGUUAAUGUGAGCGCUGCCACACACAGGUUCGUCUCUGAGAAGGUCCAGUCCUCCCGCAGGCGGCCAUGGACAACGUGAAGACACGCAGUUUUAGCAAUGAUGAGGAUGAAGAGGUGAUCUCCACAGACACCGAAAGCAAAGAGAAGAGCAAAGAUAAAAAGACACUGUGCAAAGUGAAGUGGUCCCGAGAUGAGGAUGAAAAGCUGAAAAAACUGGUUGAGCAGCAUGGAGCUGAGUCCUGGAAAUUAAUAGCCAACUUUUUUCAAGGGAGGACAGAUGGCCAAUGUCAGCACCGCUGGCAGAAGGUGCUCAACCCAGAGCUGGUGAAAGGACCCUGGACAAAAGAGGAGGAUCAAAAGGUUAUUGACCUGGUACACAAAUAUGGCCCCAAGCGUUGGUCAGUGAUCGCAAAGCACCUCCAGGGGAGGAUUGGAAAGCAGUGUCGUGAACGGUGGCACAAUCACCUCAACCCAGAGGUGAAGAAGUCUUCAUGGACUCAGGAAGAGGAUCGAAUCAUUUAUGAUGCCCAUAAACGUCUUGGCAACCGCUGGGCAGAGAUCUCCAAGCUUCUUCCUGGACGGACAGACAACUCCAUCAAGAACCACUGGAACUCCACCAUGAGGAGGAAGGUGGAGCACGAGGGCUACCUGCAAGAUCACAGCAAGACUCUGUCCUCCUCUCACAGUGGAGGGAAGAGACGCCACCACAGGCUGUGUCCCCCAACUCCAGCAGAGCCUCAGAGCUGUGAUCACAGUCCCCUGUUGAUACCAGGACCCAACCAGAUGGGGGUUUAUACGUGUGAUCCUCACAGUGGACACAUGAUGGAUAGUCUUCCUGAAAAUUCAGGCUUCAUUCAGCCAUCGUGCCUGGACGAUCCUGACAGAGAGCAAAGAAUUAAGGAGCUUGAGCUGCUGCUUAUGUCAGCAGAGAGUGAAGUCCAGCGACAAGUGCAGUGCAGAGGUCCAUGUAGCUUGGAGCAGUACUCCAUCUGGUCAGACAGUUUGUCCGAUGACACGUUGACCACAAGUGGCAGCAGCUUGGAGGAGCAGGCAGAGAGAAAACCCUGGAGGGACACUGACAUUCCCCAGGCUCCUACAGCACAGCUUCCAAUCUCUCCCAGUAAGUUCCUGGCACUGGAGGCCAGCACCGUGCUCUCCACCCUGCAGACCAUACCGGAGUUUGCAGAAACCAUGGAGCUCAUUGACUCCAUGUGUUUUGCUCUGCAGGACCCUGGUGCGUGGAGUGACGUGGCCAGUUUUGACCUUUCAGACACAGCGACACCGCCCAGGCACAAUCUGGCAGGCUACACCACCCUCCUGCAAGAGAGGACCAUGGAUAAUUCAAUGGAUUACACUCUCAACACGCCCACUGCCAUAUCAGGCCGAGACAAGAACAGUGCUUCCUUUGGUCUUGGGAGUGUCACUUCUCUGACUCCCAUCAACUCGUCCAAACCUUCCCAAGCAUCCACAGGGAGGAGGAGGAGGAGAGAGAGGGGAGAACCAUCUCCUUUAUGCGACAGGACCUGCUCGUCUUUCUUGGAAAAUAACUCAAAUUCUCCAAAGAAAACGCCAACAAAGUCACUGCCAUUUACCCCAUCACGAUUCUGCAACAUAUCAGGGGCGGAACAUCUGAGUCUGGAUAACCCUGCCCUCACCUCAACUCCUGUGUGCGGCCAAAGGUGUCUCCUGUACACGCCGCUCCACAAAGAAACCACACCGAAGCACCAGAAGGAGAACGAUGGUUCGCGGACACCCAAAUUCUGUAAAACCAUAAUGAUUCCAACCCCAAGGACACCGACUCCUUUCAAGAAUGCUUUGGCUGCUCAAGAGAAAAUGCAUGGGCCCCUAAAAAUGGAGCCGCAGCCUUUAGCAUUUCUAGAAGAGGACAUUCGAGAAGUUCUGAAGCAGGAGACCGGAGCAGACAUCUUUAACAGAGCAGACAACCAGCCAGACUACAGAGCAUGGAAACAUAAUAUGGAUGGCCCAGCUAGAAAAGUGCGUAAGUCCCUUGUGCUAGACCCUUGGGGUAAAGACGGCCUCAACACCCAACUCUUCCAGGAGCAGCGCAACAACACAGAAAAGCCGGAGGAAAGUCUUCUGACGAGCUCCUCGCUGGUCACCUCGACCCCUGAGCAAGAGGAGUGCAGUCGCCCUUUGACGUCUGCACGAGAGGAGCCGUCACUCGUUCCUGUGCAUCCCCAUCGCUUUACGAGCCUGCGGGUGAAGAAGCUCUCCGCCUCCCACAAAGCACCAAAACACGCAGCUGUUCAGGUGAGUGAGUGGGAAGCAGUGGUUUAUGGGAAGACAGAGGACCAGCUGAUUAUGACGGAACAGGCCCGUCAGUACCUGAGCCCUUACCCGUCGUCUGGCUCUACCUCAAGGGCCCUUGUGCUUUAAAGCCGUCUCCUCACCGCGCAGGCAACACUACCACACCCAUCCCAACUUCGAAAACCUCCACUGAAUCCUGUAAGAGACAAUCCAGUGAAGACAAAUGAUUUUAGUUUUUAUUUUGAUACAGAAAUGCACUGCCAACGACGUCCACACAAAGGCAUGGCUGCCUAUUAACACACAUUUCUACGUCACUGCCCGAGUAGUUUGUUGUUUACAGCUUGGACUUGUGCUCUCUUUUGAAAAACACAACCUGGCUACAUGAGCAAUUUUGUACAGAUAUGAAAAAAAGGCUAGAUUUUUUCCUGCACUAGUUAGAAAUGUUGAAACAACCUGCACAUACAGUAGGCUGUAGAAAUAGUGUUUAUUACUAGCAGUGGCUGCUUCUGAGUUUUAUAUUGUUAAUAUAUUGUUUAAAUAACCAGCAAGACAUUUUAUAACGUAUUGCUACUCAUUGUGUAUCAACUUGUUUCGCGAAGCUGCCCCGUACAUGCAACAUCUGUAGCUUUUUAUACAUGUAGCUGACGCCCAUGUAUCUUUCAAAUCCCACCGUGGGUUUUGAACAUAGACACUUACAGUACAGAAUAUAAUAUUAAGCAUCGCAAGCAUUUAAAACUAGAAUGGCGAUCAGUAGAGCGCAUCAACCGUGUCCCUUAUCAAACCACAUUUGAAUUCAUUGGAUCUGCACCAAAUUGCACACGCUCAUAAAUAUCAGACCCUAAACAAGCCCGGUUUUUUUCAUCAAGGUCUUCUGAGUAAUCAUGGAAAAUGUUGAAAAACGCCCAAAUCUUGCUAUGUUAAAGAAAGUGACAAAAAUGUCCUGGUUUCUCACCAAAAUUGAAUGAGUUCUUCACUGACUUUUACCGCAUCCCUCCACCAAGUUUUGUGGUAAUUAGUUUAAUAGUUUUUCGCAUAAUCUUGCAUACAAACAGACAAGUGGACGGGUGUGAAAACACAUGACAUUCGAAGGGACAGCAGUGUUAUUGCUGAAUCACGGUGAUGUGAAGUCGGUGGGGAUGGAAAUAGAAAGCUGUCAGUAUUGCACUACUGAGUCGAUUUUGCUGCUGAGAAAGGAGCAGUGUUUUUAAGGGCUAACUGGAUAGCACUUGUGAUGGUAUCUUCUUCCUCUUUUUUCUUUAAACAACACAUUUCCUUUCCAAGGCCAUAGUGUCCGUCGAGACAUCGGUUGAAUGUAUUUCAUUGCAAUGUACAUGUGUAAGAACCUCAAGAAUGGAAGGGUACCUUUUUAUGUUUAUUUCUGUUUGUUUUAUUUAUUAUCUGACAGCUCUAAAGCUUAGAUAUUAAUAUAAAUCGGAUACCAUGAAUUUUU